AUGGCUCUCCAGGCGCUCUGCGGGCUUGUGUCUGCACUUCCAGCUCCGCUUCCUGCCGUUGCCGAGCCCUUGUGGCAAGCCGCCAGGGACGCUGAGACUGAGAUGGACCACGACCAUCAGAAUGCGCGCAUCACGAAGUUUGCAAAGGACCAUCAGUACAUUGCCGACAGCAUGCAGAACGACCCGGACCUUCAUGCCCUCUGGAUGAACGGCGUGGCAGCGGUAGCAGACAGCUGGCAGGCCGAGCGUUCAGCCACCGACACGGUGUCCGACGAGACGGCGGACGCCUCCUCCAAGGUGGUGCCAGGUCCCAUCAAGGCGAUAGCCGCGUCGACGGUACACCUCCUUUUUGAGACGCCCGAGGCCUUCGCCUGGGAGCGGGCGCAAGCGUCGGCAAUGUCAGUCGCGCAGGCUCUCAAGAUCGGCGACCUGGAAUACGCCGGCCCCCUCCCUGUCCGCUGGCGGCACCACAGCCUGCCUCGCGAGGAGGGUGUGGUGCUCAAGCUGACGGCGGCAAUACCGGACGCGCCGCCACCGGAAGGCUCGGACGGCUACCCCGUGAUCGUCUUUCCAAACGCCUUCUCUCUCACAGUCUUCAUGUUCUCGUUCAAGCAGCACGAGUGGGCGACCAAGGGCUUCAUCGGUGUCUCAUACCUCUCGAGGGGGUGGUACGAGGCGGGCGGGUACCCCGACAUGGGCGGCCCGCUCGACAUGGAUGACGCCUCCGCCGUCAUCGACAUGGUGGAGGCGCACGCUUCCGAGUGGGGCGCCGACCCCAGCGCUCUCGCCUUUGCCGGGCUCAGCUACAGCGCGGGGCUCGCCGUCCUCGCCGCGGCGCACGACGCGCGAAUCAAGGCGGUCGCCAGCCUCUGCGGCUGGGGCAACCUGACCAACGUCGUCGACCCGCAGGGCGCGCCAAAUCGCUUUUACAUCGAGGGGAUCAAGCUGCUCGCGGACAUUGGUGCUUCGCGCCUGCCGGCGGAGCAGAUCGAGCUGCUGGACAUCUCCAUCCACCAUGCCAGGUCGAGGGAGGACUGGAACAGGGACGCGCCCCGACUCAUGAGCUACGUCGACCAGCGGUCGAUCGAGCGCUUCCCAAAAAAGCUCUGCCGAAGAGGCACGCCCGUCUUCCUCGCUCUCAACGCCGACGAUGGGCUGCUAACCUCGGACGCAGGACUGCAGACUCGGCAGUUCCUCCACGGCGCCGGAUGCCGCGUCUUCACCAUGGUGGACGAGGGCGAGCACGCCUUCUCCGCCUUCCCGAACCUGAUGAUCCCGUCGACGAUGCUCACGGCGUUCCCCGUCAACGAGUGGCUGAUCAAGGGGAUGGGCUACCGGCAGCCGCUGUGGCAGCGCACGUUCGACUUCUUUGACACCUUCCUUCGCGGCGCGCAUGGCCGAUUCGAGGAGGAGGCGCCCAUCCAGUUCCAGCUUCGCUCUUCAAAGACGGGCGUGGGCAUGUACUUUGCGGAGCCAACCUACCUCGGCUUCGAGGAGUGGCCGCCAAGGCGGUCGGUGGUCACGCCCACGGCCUUCGCGAUGACCGACUCGGGCGGGCUCAUCGGCAGCGUCGAGGGCGUCGCUCAUCGGCAGCGCGCCCCCGGCCUGUGCGACACCUCGAUCGCCUUUGGGACCGCGUCAGGCAUCAACCCCGGGGUGCCAAUCCUCGGCACGGUGCUCAAGACCACCGGCGGCGUCCAGUCCCGCACCUUCCUCGACAAGGUGAACCGGACGGCGGCGGCCAUCUACCGCACGCCACCGCUCGAGCGCGGCGCCACCAUCUGCGGGCUGCCGAACGCGAGCCUGUCCGUGCUCCCUUCGCGCGCCGGGCGCCCCCCCCACUCCCCGGGCGACCCUCCAGAGAGCUUGCCGCGUUUCCAGGUCCACACAGUGCUGUUUGACAUCGAGGAGGACGGGAACAGCGCCAAGCUGCUCACGUCUGGCGUGCGCAACGUCUGGAUGCCCGGCGUCGCAGGCCUGAAUGGCGGCUGGGCGGGCCCUGGCACCGAGCUCACGGUGGGCAUGCACGCUCUCUGCGUCGAGGUGCCCGCCGGUCAUGCGAUCGGCUUGGGCGUCGACCUGUUCAACGUCUACUACACGCCCGCGAGCACGGACCCGGCCCUUCGGCUCGGCCUCUCGUGCGAUGCCCGCAGUCGCCUCGCCCUGCCAGUGGUCAACAGCGGCGACGGUGCCCCUCAGACCCACACGCUUCUGUGA